GGAGAAGGGGCCGGGGAGCGGCCCGGCACCUCGGGGUGGGCUGCGGGUCGGUGGGGGUGGGAGCCAUGGACUCGCCGCCAGCCUUCGCCAUGGACAAACCGUUCGCCCCCAGCACCGUGCGCGCUCCGGAGCCGCCCGAAAACCCUCAGAGCCGGAAAAACUUCAGCGUGAGCCAUCUCCUCGACCUGGAGGAGGUGGCGGCCGGGAUGAACGGGGCCCCCCCCGCCGGCCCCCCACCCUCCGCCGGCGGUAAGGCCAUGCCGGAGCCGUCGGGAGGCAGCAGCGGCAGCGAGGCGGCACCCCAGGACGGUGAGAGCCUGAGCCCGAGCCGUGGGGUGGCCAAGAGGAAGAAGAAGCAGAGGAGGAACCGCACCACGUUCAAUAGCAGCCAACUGCAGGCUCUGGAGAGGGUCUUUGAGCGGACGCACUACCCCGACGCCUUCGUGCGGGAGGAGCUGGCCAGGAGGGUGAACCUCAGCGAGGCCAGAGUCCAGGUUUGGUUUCAGAACCGGAGGGCCAAGUUUCGCCGUAAUGAGAGGGCGAUGUUGGCCAACAGAUCGGCGUCGCUCCUCAAGUCCUACAGCCAGGAGGCCGCCAUCGAGCAGCCCAUGGCACCGCGGCCCACAGCGCUCAGCCCUGAGUACCUCUCGUGGAGCAGCUCCUCCCCGUACAGCACUGUGCCAUCCUACAGCUCCAGCGGGGCCGCAACGCCCACCCAAGGGGUGAACAUGGCCAACAGCAUUGCCAGCCUGCGCCUCAAAGCCAAAGAGUUCAGCCUGCAUCAGAACCAGGUGCCGACUGUGAACUGACCGGGGAUAAUCCCCAUGGCCUC